GGGGCGGGCAGGAAGUGCCGCGCGGCCGCGCCCCCUCCUGCUCGCCCAUCCCCGGCCCGUCGUGGCGGGGCCGCUCUUGAGGUGGCGGCGGGACCGCGGAUCCCACCGGCACCAGCACCGCGGAGCCCACCGGCACUCGGAAUCGGGCACGGCACAAGAACAGCACCGGGCUCCGGCUGGUCCCCAGCCAUGGCGUGCAGCCUCAAGGACGAGCUGCUGUGCUCCAUCUGCCUGAGCAUCUACCAGGACCCGGUGGGGCUGGGCUGCGAGCACUACUUCUGCCGCCGCUGCAUCACCGAGCACUGGGUGCGCCAGGAGCCACAGGGCACCCGUGACUGCCCCGAGUGCCGCCGCACCUUCCCUGAGCCCACGCUGGCCCCCAGCCUCAAGCUGGCCAACAUCGUGGAGCGCUACAGCGCCUUCCCCCUGGACGCCAUCCUGGGGGCCCAGCGCAGCCCCUUCCCUUGCAAAGACCAUGAGAAGGUGAAGCUCUUCUGCCUCACCGACCGUGCCAUCGUCUGCUUCUUCUGUGACGAGCCAGCCAUGCACGAGCAGCACCAGGUCACCAAUGUGGAUGAUGCCUUCGAGGAGCUGCAGCGGGAGCUGAAGGAGCAGCUCCAGGGGCUACAGGAGAGCGAGCGUGGCCACACAGAAGCCCUGCAGCUCCUCAAGAAGCAGCUGGCUGAGACCAAGUCCUCAGCCAAGAGCCUGCGGGUGACGAUCGGGGAGGCGUUCGAGCGGCUGCACCGGCUGCUGCGGGAGCGGCAGAAGGCGAUGCUGGAGGAGCUGGAGGCUGACACGGCGCGGACGCUCAGUGACAUUGAGCACAAGAUCCAGUGCUACAGCCAGCAGCUCCGCAAGGUCCAGGAGGGCACCCAGAUCCUGCAGGAGCGCCUGGCCGAGGCAGAUAAACACGUCUUCCUGGCUGGUGUGGCAUCCCUCUCCGAGAGGCUGAAGGGAAAGAUCCAUGAGACCAACCUGACCUAUGAGGACUUUCCCACCUCCAAGUACAUGGGCCCGCUGCAGUACACCAUCUGGAAAUCCCUCUUCCAGGACAUCCAUCCUGUGCCAGCAGCGCUGACGCUGGACCCUGGCACUGCCCACCACCGCCUCAUCCUGUCGGACGACUGCACCAUCGUGGCCUACGGCAACCUACACCCGCAGCCACUGCAGGACUCGCCCCGGCGCUUUGACGUGGAGGUGUCAGUGCUGGGCGCCGAGGCCUUUGGCGCUGGGGUGCACUACUGGGAGGUGGUGGUAUCUGAAAAAACCCAGUGGAUGAUCGGCCUGGCCCAUGAGGCCGUGACCCGCAAGGGCAGCAUCCAGAUCCAGCCAAGCCGCGGGUUCUACUGCAUCGUGAUGCACGACGGGAACCAGUACAGCGCCUGCACAGAGCCCUGGACGCGGCUUAACGUCAAGGGCAAGCUGGAGAAGGUGGGCGUCUUCCUGGACUACGACAAGGGGCUCCUCAUCUUCUACAAUGCCGACGACAUGUCCUGGCUCUACACCUUCCGGGAGAGGUUUCCUGGGAAGCUGUGCUCGUAUUUUAGUCCUGGGCAGAGUCAUGCCAACGGGAAGAACGUCCAGCCGCUGCGGAUCAACACUGUCCGUAUCUAACGGGAGUUUUUGGGGUGUUCCCCCACCCUGCUGAGUGUUUUCUCACUCUAGGAACGGGUCCCGGUGCUGGGCAGGAUCUGGCAUUCCGCCCGCUUCUCUUGGUCCUGUGCUUCCAGGGAAUCCCAGUGUGGGAGGCUGGGAUAUGGCAAUAAAGGAUUUGGAGAGAAGGGGCUGGGUGGUGGAGAGCCCCGGGGUGGGGGGCUGGGCUGGGGCCACUGUGGUGUGCCAUGGCAGGGGUCUGUCACCAUGCUAGGGUGCCAUACUGUGCUGGGGUCAUUGUGCCCUGGUGUGUGGCACUGUGCCGUGGUGUGCUGUGCCAUGGCAGGGGGCUCUCACCGUGUUAGGGGGUACCGUGGGUGUCACACCGUGACAAGGGGUCACCGUGCCUGGGACGUGUACUGUUAUGUGUGCCACAUGUACUGUGCUGGGCCAUGCCGUACAUGCUGUGCUGGGGCAGGCUGUGCCACAGUGUCCCAACCCUGGACAGGGCUCCGUGUGUCACUGCGUGUAUUGGAGUGUACAGAGGGGAUGUGUGGGAGCUGGGCUGUGUAGGGUGGGCUGUACAGAGAGUUUGCUAUAUGGGGCAUGGGCUGUAUACAGGAGGUGGUACAGAGGA